AAUGGAUGUACCCUUAGGCCCGGUUGCCUGACGGUGGAUUAAAUUCCAUAAUUAUAAAUAACCGAGUCAAAUUAGUUUUAAAUGUCAGUUUUGCCCCCACAAGCAUCAAUUCUUGUCAACCAAGCAAUCACAGAUCCAUCCAUUUCAUUCUUCUAUUAAUCAGCCACUAAUCACUUCACUCAAAUCGAAUUCAGCCAUGGAUAGAUUCCACGUUUUCCUCAUCUGCAAUCCAGAAAUCGGCAAUCUCACCCCCCUCGUUCAGUUCGCCCAUCUUCUAACAAACCGCGACACUCGAUUCUCCGCCACCGUUCUGAUCAUCACCGUCAAAGAACGCCACAUAGUCAACUCAUACGUUAAAUCAAAGGCCAACUCCGCCCUUCAACAUGAUCGCAUCACCUUCCUCUACCUCCCUACUGUAGACCCUCCCUCACCCGAUCAGUACCACGGCACUCUGGGUUACCUUUCCGUCUUCAUCGAGAAACACAAACCCCACGUGAGAAAUGUGAUUCUCGAUCUCAUGGAAGCAGGUUCAGUCAGAGUUGUUGGGUUGUUUAUUGACUUGUUUUGUACGUCCAUGAUUGAGGUGGCUCGCCAGCUCGGCGUUCCUUGCUAUCUUUACUUCGCUUGUCCGGCGAGCUUUCUGGGGUUCAUGUUGAAUUAUCCAACUCUAGACGCGGAGCUGGCUACUGAGUUAGUGGACUCGGGUACUGAGUUUUUUGUGCCCCGAGACUCGUUGACUGAGUUCAUGAUACCGAGUUUUACCAACCCGGUGCCUCAUUUUGUGUUGCCUUCAACCGUGUUGAGAAGAGGAGAAGGGCAAGAUGGGUAUUUAUGGUAUUUACAUCACGCACGAAAAUAUAAGGAAGUCAAGGGCAUUAUCGUAAAUACAUCUCAAGAACUUGAGCCGUUUGCAAUCGGGUCAGUUUCCGGUAGUGGGACACCACCGGUUUAUCCAAUUGGGCCGAUUCUUGACCUUGUUGGGUCGGUUCAAUUGCAUCCGGACCGGACUCAUCAAGAGGAUAUCAUGAAAUGGCUUGAUAAUCAACCUAUAUCAUCGGUUGUGUUCUUGUGCUUCGGGAGCAUGGGAAGUCUUGAUGAACCCCAAUUGAAAGAGAUUGCAAUCGGACUAGAACAGGCGGGGUUUCGAUUUUUAUGGUCAAUCCGUAAACCGUCCAAGGGCAAAAUAGACCUUCCAGAUGAAUACACGAACAUCCAAGAGGUAUUACCCGAUGGGUUUUUAACUCGGACGGCUAGGAUUGGAUUAGUAUGUGGUUGGGUUCCACAAGUGACAGUUUUGGCCCAUCAAGCGAUCGGAGGGUUCGUAUCGCAUUGCGGGUGGAAUUCAGUAUUGGAGAGUUUAUGGUACGGCGUUCCAAUAGCCACGUGGCCACUCUAUGCGGAGCAACAAAUGAAUGCAUUUGAGUUGGUGAAGGAAUUGGGAUUAGCGGUGGAGAUUAGAUUGGAUACCAGAACAGACAGUACCGAUCUGGUGUUGGCGGAGGAAUUCAAGAGAUCGUUGCGACGCUUGAUGGACGGUGGUGAUGAGGUGAGGCGAAAGGUCAAAGAGAUGAAAGAGACGAUUAGGAUGGCUGUGAUGGAGAACGGAUCAUCAUAUAAUUCAUUAGGAUCGUUGAUUGAUGAAUUAAUGGGCCAUAAAUAACAGUUGAAGGAUAGGCCCAAUUAAUCAACUAGAUUUUUACGUGAUGAAAUGGGCUUUCUUUGGACCCAAUAGAUAGCUCUUAAGACAUUGUUUGUUCACUCCUAAAGUUCAAUGUAUAAACUAAUCCAAUUUGAAAGUAAUAAAUAAAGUAGCAAGCCUUUGGUACAA